UUUCUUUUUCGGUUGAGCAUUUAAAACACUGAUUCAAGGGAAAAGUCAGUUUCUCUAGCAUUUAAUUCGAGAUUUACGAAAGCAUCGCAAACAAAAAUAGUUCCAGAUUUUCAGCCUCUGCUUACUUUACAAAUUACACGGUUUUCAUGUUGCACGUGUAAUUUCGAUGAAAAAUGAGACCAAAGAUUUAUCUUUUCGGUGAUUCAAUCACCGAAGCAUCAUUUGAUGAAGCUGGCUGGGGUGCAUCUCUCGCUAAUCAUUUCGCUCGAAAGGCUGAUGUGGUGUUGAGAGGGUACAGUGGAUACAACACAAGAUGGGCUUUGAAGGUGGCGGAGAGGGUGUUUCCGCCGCCAGCUGACGGCGGUGAUGAUGAACAGCCGUUAGCUGUGACUGUUUUCUUCGGUGCUAACGAUGCUUGUCUUGCUGAUAGAUCCUCUGCCUUUCAACACGUGCCUCUUCAAGAAUACAAGCAAAACCUUGACGCCAUUGUUUCAUUUUUCAAGAGGCGUUGGCCGAACACGACCGUUAUUCUGAUAACUCCUCCUCCAAUUGAUGAAGCUGCACGUCUCUUGCAUCCUUACGUUGUUGAGGAUCUACUAGGUGAGCCUGAGAGGACUAACGAAGCUGCUGGCGCCUAUGCCAAGGCAUGUGUUACUGCUGCAGAAGAAUGCGAGUGUCCAGUGAUCGAUCUCUGGACUAAAAUGCAACAAUUUCCUGACUGGAAACAUGCUUACCUGAGCGAUGGAUUGCACCUGACACAAGGUGGGAACAAGUUUGUGUUCGAGGAAGUUGUGAAGACGAUGAAGGAAAAUGGUUUGAAUGCAGAGACAUUACCCGUUGAUCUCCCACUUAUAGAAAAUAUUGACCCUACCGAUCCGCUCAAAGCAUUUCAGGAUUAAUUAUGUGGCCAUGAACAGCCUGGAGAUUCAUCCUUCAUAUAGCUUUUGAAUUAGCUCUGGUAUGUUUUAGAAGAAUAACGUAUAGUAUCGACAAUGUCACCCUCUCGAACGGCUGUGUUGCUUCGGAAACAAAAUCAAUACAUCUUUAAGUAUUAGAACUAAAUGGUGUGAUUAAGAGAAUUAGAUGGCAUUUUUAUCUCAUAGUAACUAAUUGGGAUCUACUGAUUCCACUCCC